UUAGUACUGCUGCAGAAUUCGUACUGUGUGCAGUAGUAGUAGUUCGGAGCGUACUAGACUGCAAAGUACGAGAAAAAAAUAGGGUUUAAAAAAACGCGGGACAUUUGAAUUUUUAUUAUUAAUUCGAAAAGCCAUUUUAAAUUGUUUGUGAUUUUGUUUUGUGACUGGUGGAUUUUUUGAUAGAAGAUUUUUAGGAUUUUCUCUUCUUUAAUUCAAUUUUGGAUUCCAAUAUGAUUCCACGACCCAGAUGUAAACUCAGAACAUUCCUAUUUAUAUGCCUAGUAUUCCUUAUUUUAGUUCAUAUAGCCAAUUCUGAACGGGAAAAAGCUACCAGAAGACGACUUAGGCGACCUGUAAAACCUUUGUCUCAAAGGACAUCCAGUUCUAAAGACCAGGAUGUAUCACCGAGUGUAACAAAAUUGCGCAGGACUAGGCCAGGGCAUAAAAGAACAUCUGACAACGCUGUAAGCGCUUCUAGUAAAACUAAAGAUAAGGAUGGAUAUAAGGUGGUGUGUUACUACACCAAUUGGUCACAAUAUAGAAUUAAAAUUGGAAAAUUCUCACCAGAAGAUAUUUUACCGGACCUUUGCACUCAUAUUAUCUUUGCUUUCGGUUGGUUGAAGAAAGGAAAGCUUUCGUCUUUUGAGAGCAAUGAUGAAACAAAAGAUGGCAAAGUUGGUUUGUACGAAAGGAUUCAGAAGCUAAAGAAAGCGAAUCCCAAUUUAAAAACUCUUUUGGCUAUCGGUGGUUGGUCUUUUGGUACACAGAAAUUUAAGGACAUGUCAGCUACGAGGUAUAGCAGACAGACAUUCAUCUUUAGUGCAAUACCAUUCUUGAGAGACCGUGGUUUUGAUGGGUUAGAUAUGGAUUGGGAAUAUCCUAAAGGAAGCGAUGAUAAAAAGAACUUUGUUUUGCUUUUGAAAGAACUUCGAGAAGCCUUCGAAGCAGAAGCUCAAGAAGUCAAGAAGCCACGACUUCUCCUAUCAGCAGCCGUUCCAGUCGGCCCCGAUAACAUCAAAGGAGGCUAUGACGUUCCAGCUGUAGCAUCUUACCUAGAUUUUAUUAACUUGAUGGCCUACGAUUUUCACGGAAAAUGGGAAAAAGAAACUGGACAUAAUGCCCCACUACAUUCCCCUAGUUCGGAUAGUCAAUAUCAGAAACAACUAAAUGUAGAACAUGCCACAAAUUUGUGGGUUAAAUUGGGAGCACCGAAAGAAAAAUUGGUAAUAGGGAUGCCUACAUACGGAAGAUCUUUCACACUCUCUAACACGGCUAAACAUAGUGUGCAUUCUCCAUCAAAUGCCGGUGGAAAGGAAGGAAAAUACACAAAAGAAUCUGGAUUUUUAGCUUAUUACGAAAUUUGUGAAAUGUUGAGAAACGGUGCCACUUAUUAUUGGAACGAAGAGAUGAAAGUUCCAUACCUGGUCGAUGGUGAUCAGUGGGUCGGUUUCGAUGACGAGAAAUCAAUCAGACACAAAAUGAAAUGGAUUAAAGAAAACGGAUAUGGUGGUGCUAUGGUAUGGACAAUUGACAUGGACGAUUUUACUGGUACGGUAUGUGGAGGAGAUGUAAAAUAUCCACUAAUAGGUGCUAUGAGAGAAGAAUUACGUGGUAUAACUAGAGGUAAAGAUGCCAAAGAUGUAGAUUGGGCUGCCAUUGCCGGACCUAGUGAAGAUGAGGAAGAGGAAGAAGAAGAGGAGAAACCAAAACCUAUUAAAAUAUCUGCUUCAGAAGUACUUAAACGAGCUAGAAAACCGUCAACUAAAUCGAAUAAGGUCAUCAACAAAAAAGUUCGCAAACCCCAAGUCUUUUGCUACAUAACCAGUUGGUCUCAAAAGCGUCCAGGAGCAGGAAAAUUCUUACCAGAAGAUAUUAAUCCAGCUUUGUGUACUCACAUUAUCUAUGCUUUUGCUACUUUGGAGGAACACAAGCUUACAGAAGCCAGCGACAAAGAUCCAGAAAUGUAUGAUAGAGUUAUAGCAUUAAGAGAAAAGAAUCCGGACUUGAAAGUUCUUCUAGCUAUCGGAGGCUGGGCGUUUGGUUCUACACCGUUUAAGGAAUUAACUGGAAACGUAUUCAGAAUGAAUCAGUUUGUCUACGAUGCUAUAGAUUUUCUUAGAGAGUAUAAAUUUAAUGGAUUGGAUGUAGACUGGGAAUAUCCUAGAGGUGUCGAUGACAAAAUAGCAUACGUUUCCCUACUGAAAGAGCUAAGAGUAGCAUUCGAAGGGGAAACUAAAACAAGUGGACAGCCCCGAUUACUUCUUACAGCCGCUGUUCCCGCAUCUUUCGAAGCUAUAGCUGCCGGAUACGAUGUUCCAGAAAUAGCCAAAUAUUUAGAUUUCAUCAACGUAAUGACAUAUGAUUUUCAUGGUCAGUGGGAAAGGACUGUAGGCCACAACAGUCCUCUGUUUCCUUUGGAAAGUGCUACAGGUUAUCAAAAGAAAUUGACAGUUGAUUAUUCUGCUAGAGAAUGGGUCAAACAAGGAGCACCUAAAGAAAAAUUGAUGAUUGGUAUGCCAACAUAUGGUCGUAGUUUCGAGUUGGUUAACGAAACCCAGUACGAUAUCGGUGCACCUGCAAGCGGUGGAGGCAAACCAGGCAAAUAUACUUCCGAAGCAGGUUUCAUGAGUUUCUAUGAAAUCUGUGAUUUCCUGCAAGGCGAUAACGUGACCCUGGUUUGGGAUAACGAACAACAAGUACCCUUCGCUUACAAAGAGAAUCAGUGGGUUGGUUUUGAUGACGAAAGAAGUUUGAAAACUAAGAUGGCCUGGCUGAAGGAAGAAGGAUUUGGAGGCAUAAUGAUUUGGUCAGUUGAUAUGGAUGACUUCAAAGGUUCCUGUGGUAGUGGAAAAUAUCCACUCAUUAAUGCGAUGAGACAAGAAUUAGAGGGCUAUAAAGUAAAGUUAGAGUUUGAGGGCCCUUAUGAGACUAAUGUCGGUUCAGGACAGUACACCACCAAAGAUCCGACCGAAAUAACAUGCGACGAAGAAGACGGUCACAUCAGCUACCACCCUGACAAGGCGGAUUGCAAAAUGUAUUACAUGUGUGAAGGCGAACGAAAACAUCACAUGCCAUGUCCGGCCAAUCUAGUCUUCAACCCCAACCAAAACGUAUGCGAUUGGCCAGAAAAUGUCGAAAGCUGUCAACAGUUUACCCCUGCCCCACCACCGAGCCGAUAGAUAACCAUAUGUUGCGCUUUCUUAAUUGUUAAAAAUAAAUGUAAAAUUGUAACUUGGUUUAGUUAAUUUAUUGUACAUAGAAAAAAUUACAAAUUGAUAUGAUCGUUAUAAAUAAUUAGCGGUAUCCGCUUAGUGUUUCUCUGUAAUUAAAAUCAUUCAUGGUGUAUAAAAAAUGAAAUACCUGAUAUUAUGUGAAUGUCUAACCAUAUUAUCGAUUGCAACUAUGAUCUGUGUGAUAAUUUUAGGAAUGAAAAGGAAUUUACAGUAUAAUUUUAAUAUUCCAAAAAUUAGAGAAAUUUUCACUGCCAUAAAAAUAUAUUAAAGUUCUUUAUAUCUAUUUUUUGUCAUAAGUAUUUUAGUCUAAUCUGAUUUGAAAAUAUUUAUAUAGAUAAAAAACAUGUAAAAUGGAUUUGUAGUUUACAUAAAAUUUAUUAAAUGAAAAAUAAACAUAUUUUUAUAUUUUUAUCUUACUAUUUUGUGUAUUACUGUUAUAAUUAAGCGAAUAUAGUUU